CUCAGCGUGGAGCUCGGAGACCAAGGGGAGGAUUUUAACAGCUGCUCUCGCUUUGAAGUCGUCUUCCUGCUCCGAGGUGAAGAACAAUAAAUAGGGUGAGGCUGUCCACAGAGACUCACAAGAGUGUGAAACAAAGAGGAAAGACACACUAUGACUGAGCUGCGGUGGAUCUCAGAGCUUCUGUAACUGAACGGACAAUGAAGGCGAGGCCGGCCUGGAUUCUUAUUUUCUUUCAGCUGUUCGAAGCCAACGCAGAGGUGAUCUUAAAACGUCUGACGGAGGGUCAGGCUGUGGUGAUCUCCUGCUCCCCUUGGCAGGCCCACGGAGGCCUGACGAGCCUCCACCUGUACCACCGCGGUGUCCAGAGCCAGACAACCCUGGUGUCCGUGACUGAGGCUGGUGAGGUCACGGUCGCCACGGAUCACAGAGCUCGCCUGGUGCUCCGUGGAGACCUGAGCUCCAUGAAGGUCAACGUGACCAUUUCUCGCUUAGAGCUGAGCGACACAGGGCUGUACAUGUGGGAUCUGAGCUACAGAGACACUAACAGCUCUGAUCAGAUGAUCCUCUGCGCUCAGAAGACCUUCGUGCUGGUUGAGAUGGCAGGGAGGCCGUGCCACUGCUCUCCUGGUUACGCCCCUCUACUCUGGACCAUCUUCACAGCAGCAGGGCUUCUUCUGCUGACCCUCACCUGGCUGGCCAUCCAGAAAUGUGUGAAGUUAAGGUCUCAUCGCAAACCACAACCUCAUGCUCCGAUCUAUGAGGAAAUGGGCAGGAAGCAGCAGAGCCCCAGAGGCCCCCAGAAUAACCACGAGGCCCCCUCGCACCUGGAGGAAGUCAACUUCCCCGUGUACGCUAACCCAAACAUCCGACAGCUUCAGGACAACUACUACGCCUGUCCCAGACAGCUCAAACUGAGAGACUGACACCGUCGGGCCAACGGUGCUGCGAGCAGUAACAGGAAAUAACAGACGCCUUUGCAAAAAUACAAGUGCUGCACACGCUCCGAUGGUGAUUUGCAUUCAGGAUAUAAAAGGAUGAAGAAAUAGCACGAACCUCCACCGAGGCGACUCACGCUCUGAGCAGUAUUCACUUUUAAAAUUGUAUUUUGUACACAUGCAUUUAGUUUACUUUGUUCUUUUUAAACAUAGUUUAAGGUAAUUUUAGGUUUUUUCUACUGAGCUUGAAGGAGCGGUCAAAGGUUAAACAUGACAUAUUUUAAAUCCUUAUACCAGGGGUGUCGUUAUAUGGCUUGGGGGCCAGAAACAGCCAGGUAGAGAAGACCUCCCCCAUGACCAGUCACACUACACCAACGUAAUUAAGUAAUAUAUAAACAAAGUAAGUCUUUUCACCAUCUACUCUUCCAUUUCCAUUAACUACAGCAGCAUUUCUUCAUCAUGAACUCUGAUGUUCUGCUGAAAUUGCACUUUUUUUUCUUACAUCUGAGAGAUUCAGUGUGUGGUUAAACUUCUUCACAAUGACAGAAAUGAGUUAAACAUCGCUGUUUACACGAUAAAUUUUUACGCUGAUAACACACCACACUUGUAAGAAUCAUAGUGUCUGAGUCAGAAGGCUUUUUGUCAAUUUUAGACCAAUAAAUCAUUGAGUCGAUCUUAAAGACCUCGAUGGACUGUUAACCCGACCCCGCUCUACACUCUGUGGAAAGUCUUUGAGCUAUCGUGUUUACAGACAGGACAACACACAUUAAACCUUCGUGGUGGAAGCAAUACAUGAGGAGGGGACGGCUUUAACAGCCAAGAAACAAAAAAAUGCUAUUUUUAUUAAUAUUUGAAAGAAGCUCCAUAGUUCAUGAAAACAUUUGUUUCGGUGCAUGUCAUUUAACAAUCACAUUCUAUGAGGAGUAAGAGAUAUACAGAGAGAAACAAAAUAAAAACAAAACAUUACAAGCCACUGACUUCUCAUUAACUCUCAGUACAGACGUUUUUACUUAAUAUUUCAAACAAAAGAAAAAAAAAAGCAGCCCUAAUCCCAUAACUUUCCCACCCACCCUCUGUAAAACCUUAACUGAGGAGAAAAACAAACAAAAACAACAACAAAAAAAAAACCCUUGGAGGGUGACAGGCUAGAAUCCCACAGUGCUAAAGAGUGAGACGCUCAUUGGUUUUUAGGAAUACACAGCAUGGUGAUGUAGCGCUAGGCCAAUCUGAAUCAGAGGGUGGGGGGAGGAAGCUGGAGAUGGAGGUCUCCAACCCCUCUCUGCCCUCUUUAUCAAAGAAAAAAAACAAAACAACUCAAACAAAUAAAAACACAUUGGAUCCCCAAAACCCCUGCAAUAGAUCAGCCACCUACAGCAAGUAGGCCAUAAAAUCCCCACCUUCACCCCUCCCACCCCCACCCCAAACACUUGUGCAUAGUUUCAUGAUCCUUUUACAACCAGCUCACGUUUUACAAACAUCCUCCAAGCUGUGAAAAAUGCUCCACAAAAAGAAAGAAAACAAAAUUCAUCUAUUAUUAAUACCCGCUGUGGGAGAAUAUAUAUAUAUGUGAGAGAGAGAGAGAGAGAGAGAGAGAGAGAGAGAGAGAUUAAUGCACAAUGUUUCCUGAAUCAGUCAGGACGGGACCUCAUUAA